AUGUGUGCAAAGGACUCUGAUGAUGAUGAUGAUGAUGACGAUGACGAUGUUUCAACUGUUCUCUCCCAAGAUCAACAACCACUCUUCUCAUCAAAAGACAAAAACGUCUUCGAAGAAGAUUGUGACAGGAACAUGUGUAUUGAAGGAGGCCAGAUGUGUCAUCGCCACAGACAAAACUCCAAGUGUCCACCUGCUCCAUGCUGUCCGGAUUUUCAAUGCGCAUACGUAGAUUCUCAUCAUGAAUCUUUCUGUGUCUCUAUGUCCGAUUCGAAUAAAAAGACUGAAAUUGCUUCAUCAAAGAAACAUGCCAUUUCGAAAAAGAAGGAUGAAUUGAUGACUGAAAACUGCGCACCACAGGAGCCCACUGGAUGCUCACCUUUUAGAUGUAAGAAUCCCCAUCCUUCUUCAUUUAGUAGUAAAAUUGACAAGAAAAAGGUCCAUGUAAAAAAGAUCAACGUAAUAGCUGCUGCGAAGGUCAAAGUUGCAUAG